AUGAGUUCUUGGAUCGAAUUCGAGCCGAUGUCUGAUUCACACAAGGGGAUUGACACUGCCGUGAGUCGGGGCAGUGGAUGUACUUCUCUUUACUCGGGGAGUAAACAUGAGGCUUCUCUUCGUGAUCUCUCGCCCUCCAUCGACAGUCCUGUCUCGCCGCCGCUAAUUUGGUCCAAGUUGAGGGCGUACGGCCGUGAUGCGUUCUCCGAGUUCUUUGGCACGAUGAUCCUCAUCCUGUUUGGUAAUGGGGUGGUGGCUCAGGUUCUUCUCAGCCACGGCCAGAAGGGAGACUACCAGUCCAUCUCUUGGGGAUGGGGACUAGGCGUUAUGCUCGGAGUAUACGCCAGCGGCGCCUCGGGAGCCCACAUCAACCCAGCCGUGACCUUCGCAAAUUGCGUCUUUCGCGGCUUUCCCUGGCGCAAAUUCCCUAUAUACGCACUUUCUCAACUCCUCGGCGCGAUGUGCGGUGCAGCAAUUGUCUACGGCAACUACAAGUCCGCGAUCGACGUCUUCGAAGGCGGAGCCAACAUUCGCACUGUGCCCGGCUACUCAACCACCGCCACAGCCGGCAUCUUCUGCACCUACCCAGCCGACUUCAUGACCAAGACAGGACAAUUUUUCUCCGAGUUCCUAGCUAGCGCCAUCCUGAUGUUCAUGAUCUUCGCCCUUAAAGAUGACGGCAAUCUAGGUGCGGGCCCACUCACGCCACUGGCAUUGUUCUUCGUCAUUUUCGGUAUCGGUGCUUGCUUUGGCUGGGAGACUGGGUAUGCGAUUAACCUAGCCAGAGACUUUGGCCCUCGGCUUGUUUCCUAUAUGCUGGGAUACGGACACGAGGUAUGGGCCGCGGGGAACUAUUACUUCUGGGUCCCCAUGGUAUGCCCAUUUCUGGGCUGUACCUUUGGCGGCUGGAUCUACGAUCUAUUUUUAUACACCGGGUUGGACAGUCCAAUCAAUACGCCGUGGAUGGGGAUCAAGCGGCUAUUCAGGCCCUUCUACCGCAAGAAAGGGGCGCUGCAAAAUCCUGUUUGA